CUGAGACCCACCACCACCUGACCCGCUCUCCGCCUCGUUGACAAUGGCGGUGGCGCGGCUGCGCUCGGCCUCCUCGGCGGCGGCGCGGCUCCAGCCGGCGCUCGCGGGCCGGCGGCGGCACCUAGGCACCGCGGCCGCGGCGGCGGAGCCGGAGGUCGCUGUCGCCGUCGGCGCGAGGUGGGAGCCGAUGGGGGCGCGGGAGUACUACGACUACCGGAGGGCCAUCUACGGCGACAUCACGCACAAGGCCAUCCUCGUCGACGCCGCCGGCACCCUCCUCGCCCCCACCGAGCCCAUGGCCCAGGUGUACAGAACACUCGGCGAGAAGUACGGGGUGAAGUACUCGGAGGAUGAGAUCUUGAUGAGGUACAGGCAGGCGUAUGCCCAACCAUGGGGUAGAUCACGGCUUAGGUAUGUUGACGAUGGAAGACCCUUUUGGCAACAUAUAGUUAGUUCUUCUACAGGCUGCUCAAAUUUAGAAUACUUUGAGGAGCUUUAUCAUUACUAUACAACUGAAAAGGCCUGGCAGCUCAUCGACCCUGAUGCUAAGUACGUUUUUGAAGCACUGAGAAGGGCUGGUGUAAGAACGGCUGUUGUAUCCAACUUUGACACCCGUCUCCGGCCACUUUUACAGGCCCUGAAUUGCGAUCACUGGUUUGAUGCAGUUGCUGUAUCUGCUGAGGUUGCAGCAGAAAAGCCAAACCCAACCAUAUUCUUGAAGGCCUGUGAGUUGUUGGACGUGAAACCUGAAGAGGCAGUGCAUAUUGGUGAUGACCGUAGGAACGAUUUAUGGGGAGCUAGGGACGCAGGCUGUGAUGCCUGGCUUUGGGGCAGCGAUGUUCACUCCUUCAAGGAGGUCGCAGAAAGAAUCGGAGUUAGCGUGGGUAUGGGCAACUCUAUGUGAUUCCCUAUGCUUGCUCGCACUCUACACCAUAAGCCGACUCAACUGUGUGUGGCGGUCAGUGACACUUCCUUGGUUGCGCGAACCGCUACCCUUCUUUUCUUCCUGACGAGUAUGCUCGCCGAGCCCCUGAGCUUCAAUAAAAGGCUGGGAGGAAGAGGUGUUUUACCUCCUUCUCCUGUUGUACAUAGUGCCGACCCUUCGUGCUCUCGGGUGCCUGGCUGUCUGCUGUACAUAUUUUUCCAGAGAACUGAGGGCAGCGUCUCUUUUGUCAGGCCUUAUUUUUACAGUAUAUAUUGUAGCAACA